UACGUUGAUCUUUUUCUUACGCAUAAUGUUAAUGCUUCCUUCCUAUACAUAUUUGUCAUACUAUAUCAUCUUCACACCAUACUAAAGGUUUGAUCAAUCGAGCCACUUCAAAUUAUACGAUAAUGAUUCUAAACUUCACACGUUAUAACAAGCGUGAGUUUGUGGGUGUAAGCGCCCCUAGAGUAAUCUUAACUCCACCACCAAAAUCACGAAUACGUGUUUCUUUAGACUCGAUUGGUGGAGAUGGUGAGGAAGGGGGAGAUUCGUCGUGGAGAAAGGUGGAUGGAUUAGUAAGGUGUCCGGCUAACUACACUCCUUUGACCCCAAUAACCUUCAUUAAACGCGCUGCCAAGGUGUUUCCCUAUGAUACUUCCGUUGUCUAUGGUGGUUCUAGCUACACUUGGAGUGAGACUUAUUGGCGCUGUCUCAAACUUGCUUCCGCUCUCACCACUCACCUUCGCAUCUCUCCUAGCCAGCUCGUUGCAACAUUAUCUCCGAAUGUGCCUGCUAUUUAUGAGCUACAUUUUGCAGCACCAAUGGCCGGAGCCAUUCUUUGUGCUCUUAACUCUCGCCUUGAUUCAUCCAUGAUCUCCACCCUCCUUGAUCAUUCCCAAGCUAAGGUCUUAUUUGUAGACUAUCAAUUACUUAACAUUGCUUCAAAAGCCCUCCAUUUAUUGUCAAAAUCCGGGGCAGAAUUACCAUCAAUUGUCCUCAUUAAAGGUCCUAGUGAUUUUAAAGAACAUGAGAAUGUUCGAUAUGAUUAUGAAUAUGAGAAUCUCUUAUCCAAAGGAGACGAUCAAUACAAACCUCGAAUGCCAAUCGAUGAAUUAGACCCUAUUAGCGUCAACUACACCUCAGGCACCACAUCCCGUCCCAAAGGAGUUGUUUUCAAUCACCGAGGGGCUUACAUAAAUGCCAUCUCCACAAUUUUGGUUCAUGAAAUGGGUCCAAGGCCGACAUUCCUUUGGACCGUCCCUAUGUUCCAUUGCAAUGGAUGGUGCCUUACGUGGGGUGUGGCGGCUCAAGGGGGCACGAACAUAUGCCUUCGAAAGGUCACCCCUAAGGCCAUAUUUGAUAACAUUGUCCUCCACAAUAUCACUCACAUUGGUGGAGCUCCUACCGUUUUGAACAUGAUUGUAAACUCCUCUAUCGAUGACCAAAGAACACUUCCAAACAAGGUAAGGGUGCUCACCGGAGGAUCACCCCCGCCACCUCAAAUACUAACCAAGAUGGAAGAAUUAGGCUUCGAAGUUAUUCACAUGUAUGGUCUCACGGAGACUUAUGGCCCGGGCACAUACUGCGCUUGGAAUCCCGAGUGGGACUCUCUUGAUCGAAUUGAAAAAUCGAGGAUCAAAGCUAGACAAGGUGUACAACAUCUUGGGCUAGAAGAUGUUGACGUUAGAGAUCCUAUCACAAUGGAAAGUGUUCCAGCUGAUGGUAAAACAAUGGGGGAGAUAAUGUUCAGAGGAAAUACUGUAAUGAGUGGAUACUUGAGGGACUUAAAAGCAACAAAGGAAGCUCUCAAAGGAGGAUGGUUUCAUUCUGGUGACGUAGCUGUAAAACACCGCGACAAUUACAUAGAAAUCAAGGACCGUUUAAAGGAUAUUAUCAUUUCCGGUGGAGAGAAUAUUAGCACAAUUGAAGUUGAGACGGUACUAUAUAGUCACCCGGCUAUACUUGAGGCAGCCGUCGUGGCAAGGCCUGAUAAUCACUGGGGGGAGACACCUUGCGCGUUUGUCAAGUUGAAGGAUGGAUACAAGAUUAAUGAGGGAGAGAUCAUUGAAUUUUGCCGUAAUAAUUUGCCUCGUUUCAUGGCUCCUAAGACCGUCAUUUUUGAUGAAAUUCCGAAGACAUCGACUGGAAAAUUCCAGAAGGUUAUUCUUAGACAGAGAGCCAAGGCUAUGGGAUCAUUGGGAAUCUAGUAAGCUAAGUUUUUGAUGAAAUUCAAACAUGCUAUGAGAUGUUUUAGUACUCUGUACAAUAAUUUUUCUUCUAGUUAUGUUAUUGAAUACAGAGGGAGUAAUAUUUUUUUUAAUUUUUUUGUAACGAAUAUGAAUAUUUGCUAAUAAGGUCCUACGUGUAAAUGUUUACUUGAAUAAUAAGAUAGUACCUUCAUGUGGA